UUAGAGACCGUACUAUAUUAUUGUUCAUAAAUCAUAACAGGUAGACUAGUAGGCUAGUAGCAAAGGAUCGAAACCAAAACCAUCAAGGCUGUGUUCUGAGUCAACAAUGGAGGAAACAGAAACGGAAACAGAAAUUGAAGAAGGAAAGGAUGCAAUUUGGUGCAGAGAAACAGUUCCACAGGUUAUGAAGCUUGUUUGUUCAUCGCUGCCUCUCACUCUCUCUCAGACUGACCUCAUCUCUCUCCUCCUCGUCAGUCCAUGGCUCAAUCGCACCCUUCUCUCUUCUCAACCUCUUUGGCAGUCACUCAGUUUUCGAGAGUCGAAUAAUGCUGGGAAUCGCCUUAUUGCUGCUCUUUCUCUGCCUAGAUAUCGCCAUGUAAAGAAGAUUGACCUAGAAUUUGCACGAGACGUUGAAGAUUCGCAUCUCAUCCUUAUUAAGCAAAAGUGCUUUGAAUCUCUUCAAUGCUUGGAGUCUUUAAAUCUCAAUGGCUGCCAAAAAAUCUCAGAUACAGGAAUUGAAGCAAUAACCAGUUGCUGCCCUCAGCUGAAAAUCUUUUCCAUCUACUGGAAUGUGAGGGUGACAGAUACAGGACUGAAACAAACAGUUCAGAACUGCAAAUACAUAGUUGAUUUGAACAUAAGUGGCUGUAAGAAUAUAUCAGACCGUGGCUUACAAUGUGUUGCUGAGAAUUAUCCAGAACUAGUGUCACUGAAUCUGACUAGGUGCAUCAAGAUAACAGAUGAUGGGUUGAAGCAAUUAUUGCACAAAUGCCUAUCUCUUCAGAGUUUGAAUCUCUAUGCAUUGUCUAGUUUCACAGAUGAAGCUUACAAGAAAAUAUGCCUUCUGGAGCAUCUCAAGUUUUUGGAUCUCUGUGGUGCACAGAAUCUUUCAGAUGAAGGACUUUCCUAUAUUUCUAAGUCCAAGAACCUUGCAUCUCUGAAUCUGACAUGGUGUGUCCGAGUGACUGAUAAAGGAGUUAUAUCCAUUGCACAAAACUGUACCUCUCUUGAAUUUCUAAGCUUGUUUGGAAUAACUGGUGUGACUGAUAAAUGCCUGGAGGAACUCUCAAAGUCAUGUUCUGACAAAAUUACAACUCUUGAUGUGAAUGGAUGUAUAGGAAUCAAGAGACGGAGCCGCGAAGAAUUGCUACGGUUAUUUCCAAACUUGAAAUGCUUUAAGGUGCAUAGUUGAUAGUUGAUGCCCUUUAUGGUAUUUCGCCAAGUGAAAAUUUUUAUUCUAUUUAAAACAUUUUACAAGCAUAUAACUGAAAAAGUUGUUUGUCUCAUUCCAAGCAAUUCUUUCAGCAUUUUCUGUGUUGCUUUUUUCUUUUCUUUUUCUUUUAACAAAUUUGUAGCAAAACAAGUGAGCCUCUGUAUUUUGACUUCAAAUAGUGUACUUGAUUUUUUUGAAGAUA